CAUAAUUAGCAGCAUUAUUUCAUUCAUCUUUGUUCAUUAUAUCCCCCUUCCUCACCGCCGAAUCUCACGAAAUAUCUUCCCAACACAAGAAAUUGAAUUUGUGUUUUCCUUGUCCUUUUCAUCUUCCAUUCUCUUUUCUCAAUCCAAAUCCAAAUCCAAAUCCAAAUCCAAAUCCAAAUCUAUCCCUCCUUAGUUUUUUUUACUCUUCGGAUCCAAAUUCAAUACCGUAACUGUUUCAGUUUCAGUUUCAGUUUCACACACAUAUAUACUCUCUCUCUCUCUCUCUCUCUCUCUGUUUGGGUUAGGGACAUAGAAGAAGAGUGUGUGAGAGAUACACGGUUAAAUUUGUUUUGUUUUAUAUACGGUUAGAACUAACUGAAUGGGGGAAGAGGUGAAGACGAGCGAGUACGACGAAGAGCGCGUGAUGGAGUGGGAGGCGGGUCUCCCAACUGCCAACGAUCUCACGCCUCUCUCUCAGCCGCUGAUCCCGCCGGAACUCGCGUCGGCCUUCAGCAUCUUGCCGGAGCCCCACCGCACCCUCCUCGACGUCAACCGCGCCUCUCGCAACACGCUCUCCACGCUCCGCGGCGGCGGAGGGAGCGUGCACCAGGCCUUCUCCUCCUCCAACAACAACCACAACUACGACGGCGACGGCGACGGAGGCGUCGAGGAGGAGGAGGACGACGACGACGAUCGCGACGGCUCGGGGCCGGAUUCACGGAAGCAGCGGAAGAUCGACUGCGGCGCGGCCGAGGAGGCGGACUCGGCGGUUCAGACGGAGACCUCGGCGGAGCGGACGGCGGUGAAGCGGCCGCGGCUGGUGUGGACCCCACAGCUUCACAAGAGGUUCGUUGACGUGGUGGCGCACCUCGGGAUCAAGAACGCGGUGCCGAAGACGAUUAUGCAAUUGAUGAACGUGGAAGGGUUGACCCGCGAGAAUGUCGCAAGCCAUCUCCAGAAGUAUCGUCUCUACCUGAAACGGAUGCAGGGUCUCUCCAACGAGGGUCCUUCUGCUUCGGAUCAGUUAUUUGCGUCGACACCUGUGCCUCAGAGCUUGCAUGACUCUGCUCCUCCCAGUAACCAUAGCAAUGGUCAUGGUCAUGGGCAUGGCCAUAGCAAUGGCCGUGGUCAUGGUCAUGGUCAUGGUCAUGGUCAUCUCUCUGUUCCGAUGAUGUCCAUGCCAUAUCCACCUCCCCUGAUGUCCAUGCCAUAUCCACCUCCCAUGAUGUCGGGCAUGCCCCAUGGCCACAUGGGCAUCCCCAUGCCUAAUUCCUCCGCCACCUCAGCUUACCAUCCUUAUAAUAUGUUGCAUCAAAGGGAUUGGCCUCACCUUGCUCCUAAUGAUAAAUGAACCUAUAAGGUCAGCCAUCACCAUCAUAUGCAAAAGAUUCAAAGGCUUGAUUAUUGGUAGUAUAGCUUUCUGAGAAGGGAGGAGCUGCAUUGAUGAUUACCCUGUAAUUCACUCAAAAGGAUUAUUGAGGAAGUAUAUGAAGAAGAGUAUAUGGAGCUAGAUUACAAUCUUAGUCAGUAGUGUGUAUCCUGUGGGAGAUUUACAAACUUAUUGGUACACAUCUCUAAUUCCUGUCACCUAAUUGUAUGACGAGAAUUCUGGCUUAUUUCUUCUGGUCUGCCUAGACAGCUGAUUCUAAAGUAAAUUCUUAACUGGUUCUCUGAUUCAUAAAUUAUAGAUUCCUAUUAUAUUGUGUAAUCCUGAAUGUGUUAACUCUCUUUUUCAGAACCAUUGAAUAAAAGAAAGACUGAACAACAGACAGCAAACAUUUAUACCAAUGCUCUGGCAUUAAAUGUUUUUCUUUAUCUUAUAGCCUUGAUCAUUAUUUAUUUCCUUUGAAAGAGAUGUUCCAUUUUUUUGAAUUGGGUGCUGUAGGCUCUCAUGUUAAAGAAAUGGUACACUGGGAGUGGAACGGGAGAAUUUUUACCUUGUGUAACACACGCAUACACACAUUCCGACCUGGGGAAUUCUUGUUUAA